AGCUGUUUCCCGGCAUGCGGUCAUCUUGUGGGCUGGAGACGCCACCAUCGCGCUCGGUUUAAUGAUCAAUUAAUUGCCUACCAGGAAGCCCUUUCUGACCUGGCUCAGCCCUCAGUUCCUCCUGCUCGGAGCCUGUGCUUGCCGCAGGAUGGUGGCAGACAACUCCACCGGCGACCCCCACGCUCCCGGGCCGCAGCUGAGCGUGACCGACAUCAUCGUCAUCACCCUGUAUUUCGCCCUGAACGUGGCCGUGGGCAUAUGGUCCUCAUGCCGGGCCAGCAGGAACACGGUGAGAGGCUACUUCCUGGCGGGCCGGGACAUGACCUGGUGGCCGAUUGGAGCCUCUCUCUUCGCCAGCAGCGAGGGCUCGGGCCUCUUUAUCGGACUGGCGGGCUCGGGGGCGGCCGGGGGCCUGGCUGUGGCGGGCUUCGAGUGGAAUGCCACAUAUGUGCUGCUGGCUCUGGCGUGGGUGUUCGUGCCCAUCUACAUCUCCUCGGAGAUUGUCACCAUGCCGGAAUACAUUCAGAAGCGCUACGGAGGCCAGCGGAUUCGCAUGUACCUGUCUGUCCUGUCCCUGAUGCUCUCCGUCUUCACCAAGAUAUCGAUUGACCUGUACGCAGGGGCGCUCUUUGUGCACAUCUGUCUGGGCUGGAACUUCUACCUCUCCACCAUCCUCAUGCUCGCCAUCACGGCCCUGUACACCAUCGCAGGAGGUCUGGCUGCUGUGAUCUACACAGACGCCCUGCAAACACUCAUCAUGGUGGUGGGGGCUAUCAUCCUGACCGUCAAAGCUUUUGACCAGAUUGGCGGGUAUGAGCAGCUGGAGGAAGCCUACGCCCAGGCCAUCCCAUCCCGGACCAUUGCCAACACCACCUGCCACCUGCCGCGGGCAGACGCCAUGCACAUGUUCCGAGAUCCCUACACGGGGGACCUCCCAUGGACGGGGAUGACCUUUGGUCUGACCAUCAUGGCCACCUGGUACUGGUGCACAGAUCAGGUCAUCGUGCAGCGGUCGCUGUCCGCCCGGGACCUGAACCAUGCCAAGGCUGGCUCCAUCCUGGCCAGCUACCUCAAGUUGCUGCCCAUGGGCCUGAUCAUCAUGCCGGGCAUGAUCAGCCGCGCGCUGUUUCCAGAUGACGUGGGCUGCGUGGUGCCGUCCGAGUGCCUGCGGGCCUGUGGGGCCGAGAUCGGCUGCUCCAACAUCGCCUACCCCAAGCUGGUCAUGGAGCUGAUGCCCAUAGGUCUGCGGGGGCUGAUGAUCGCAGUGAUGAUGGCCGCGCUCAUGUCGUCGCUGACAUCCAUCUUCAACAGUAGCAGCACACUCUUCACCAUGGACAUCUGGAGGCGGCUGAGGCCCCGCGCCGGCGAGCGGGAACUGCUGCUGGUGGGCCGGUUGGUCAUCGUGGUGCUCAUCGGCGUGAGUGUGGCCUGGAUCCCCGUCCUGCAAGACUCCAACAGUGGGCAGCUGUUCAUCUACAUGCAGUCGGUGACCAGCUCCCUGGCCCCCCCGGUGACCGCUGUCUUUGUUCUGGGCAUCUUCUGGCCACGCGCCAAUGAGCAGGGGGCCUUCUGGGGCCUCAUGGUGGGGCUGGCAGUGGGCGCCACAAGGCUGGUCCUGGAAUUCCUGCACCCUGCGCCCCCCUGCGGAGACCCGGACACGCGGCCGGCCAUCCUUGGCAGUAUCCACUACCUGCACUUUGCCGUCGCACUCUUUUUGCUCAGUGGAGUCGUGGUGGUGGCCGGGAGCCUGCUGACGCCACCCCCCCAUGGGGCUCAGAUUGAGAACCUUACCUGGUGGACCCUGGCUCGGGAUGUACUCAUGGGAGCCAAAGCAGGCGAUGGCCGGAUACCCCAGAAGCACGCCUUCUGGGCCCGUGUAUGUGGCUUCAAUGCCAUCCUGCUCAUCUGUGUCAAUAUCUUCUUCUACGCCUACUUUGCCUGACACUCGCCCUGGGGGCAGGAAGCCCAAGCCCUUGGAGUCCUCAGGUCCCCCUCGCUUUCACUAACGAGGACACUGAGGCCCAGAGAGGUGUGGACUCCCCUCACGACUCCAUGGCCGGUCAGCAUGCAGGGACUGGCUGAGCCAGCAAAGCAGGAGCCCCGGAAAAGUAGGGGCUCAACGAACAGAAAGAACGUGAUAUUUCAAGAAUCGCGCAAAGUAGUCCUCCUAAUGGCAACGAAAAUUAGAUCUGUGUUGAAUAGCCUGA